AUGGCCCCCCAAACCCAAACCAUUCAAUCUAUUGCACACUCAUCCAUAGCAAAAAUUACCUUCGACGGCCAUUUAUCCUUCGAAAACAACGAGCACGCGGCUAAGGACUUUGGCAACAGAUGCCACUACACUCCGUGGGCUGUUCUACACCCGAAAUCAGUCUCCGACAUAUCAUCUCUAAUAAGGCAUAUUUAUGAGUUGGGCCUAACCUCGGAUAUAACAGUAGCCGCAAGAGGCCACGGCCAUUCGUUGGAGGGCCAGGCCCAGGCCCAACAAGGCAUUGUCAUCAGCAUGGAAUCACUUCGUGGGCUCGGAAUGCACUUUCAUCAGUUGGGGGGCAAAAAACCGUACGUGGAUGUACCGGCUGGUGAGCUUUGGAUAAAUAUUCUGCACGAGAGCUUAAAGAGAGGCUUUGCGCCAAAAUCGUGGACCGAUUAUCUUCAUCUCACGGUCGGGGGGACUUUGUCGAACGCUGGAAUAAGCGGACAGGCUUUUAAGCACGGGCCGCAGAUCAACAAUGUGUACCAACUACAAGUUGUCACAGGAAAGGGAGAAAUCGAAACUUGCUCGGAGGAUCAAAACAGAGACCUUUUCCAUGCAGUACUUGGCGGGCUUGGACAAUUCGGUGUUAUUACCCGAGCGCAAAUCGCCUUAGAGCCUGCCCCUAAAAUGGUUAAAUGGAUUAGAGUACUUUACGCAGACUUCUCCACGUUCGCUAACGACCAAGAGCACAUAAUUUCUUUCGAGAAUUCGUUCGAUUAUGUGGAAGGUUUUGUUAAUAUAAACCGAACUGGUUUGUUAAAAUACUGGGGAUCGUCUUUCACUCCAAAAGAUCCCGUUCGAGCAAAUCAGUUCACUUCCGAAGGUAAGAUUCUGUUCUGCCUAGAAGUCGCCAAAUACUACAAUCCUGAAGAGAAAGAUUGCGUAGAUCAGGAAAUAGAUGACCUGUUGUCUGACCUGAAUUAUAUCGAAUCGACUCUUUUUCUUACGGAGGUCUCGUAUCUCGAUUUUCUAGACAGAGUGCACGUCUCCGAAAUAAAACUCCGGGAGAAAGGUUUGUGGGAUGUGCCACAUCCAUGGCUAAACCUUCUAAUCCCGAGAAGCGAUAUUGACGAAUUUGCCCAUGGAGUAUUCGGAAAAAUUGUCAAAGAUACCAACAAUGGUCCUGUCCUGAUAUAUCCUGUCAACCAAUCAAGGUGGAUACGCGGCACAUCCUUAAUCACGCCCGACGAGGAUGUGUUUUACAUGGUUGCAUUUCUAUACUCGGCAAAUCCAUCUUCCACUGGGAACGAUAGCUUAGAACAUUACUUAAAGCAAAACCGAAAAAUUCUAAGUUUUUGCCGAAAGUCCAAUAUCACGGCCAAACGGUAUUUGACACGUUACCCUACACAAGAGGAGUGGAAAGCUCAUUUCGGGACGAACUGGGAAGUUUUUCAGAGGAGGAAAUUGGAUUAUGAUCCCCUAGCAAUCUUAGCUCCUGGACAAAGAAUAUUCCAAAGGGAAAAAAACGCGUUUCGUUUAGAAUGA